AUGCAGGGCCCAGUUGAGUUCAGCGAGCAGCUCGAUCUGUCGUGGGGCCAACGCUGGGUGCAGCAGAACCUGACGUAUGAGCCCAGGAUUGCCGGAAGGAUUGUGGACCCAGUGGGGAGCCCCAUGACCCUGCCCAGCCCCAGGGUGGUGUCCCUCUGGCUAGUGCUCCUGCCUGGCAGCUCACGCCUCUGUCAGAAGCCCUCAGCUCACCCGGUUGGGCGGCUCCCUAGGACUCUGUUCGCCAUCAGUGGUGCUCGCAGCUCUGAGGUGUUACAGGGAAAGGAGCCAGAACAAGAUCAGCAGAGGGAAGAGUGGCUGCCUAUUGCAGGGCCCCUGGCCAUGCUGAACGAUGCCUACUUGGAGGUGACACUAUGCCCCCUAGAGGAGGUGUGGCAGCAGCUGGUUGAGGAGGCCGUGCUGCCACUGGAGGCCUGGGUGUCCAGGAUGCCAGGAACCUGGUUGUCCAGGCCCACUGGGGCAGCCCUCGAAGCCACGAGGGUCACUGUGGAGCCAGUGAGGUGGGUCGAGGGGUGGGAUGUGGGCCUGCCGGGUGAGGAUGGCUCCGACGGCUCUUCCUGUCCCUUCCCCCUCCAGGCCGCCCACCAGACGCUGUCUUGGGCCGAUGCCACCUCCUCCUGGGCCCUGAGGCGGCUCUGCAAGCCCUUGGUGGACCUGUACAGCUUCUCGGCCAGGAACUGCUCCGUGGUGGUGAUGAUGCCCCUGCUGCCCGCAGGGGACGAGCCCCUGGAUGUGGCUCGGGUGACCAGUUACCUGGUGGAGGAGAAGCUGCUGCGGCCGCUCCGAGAGCUGUCCAGGACCAACCUCCUGGCUCAGUGCUACCGGCUCAAACACCACCCGCCGGGGGGCCCCUCUGAGUGUGAGUCUCGUGCCAGCCUCCUCCAUGGCAGCAGGGCUUGGCAGCGUGGGCCCAUCUCUGCUCUUGGGCUUCCCAAGGUCCUACAGAACUGGGCCUGGCCUACAAAUCCAAGCUUUUGUCUGGAAUAUAAAAGCCUGGGCCAAGUACAGAGGUGUGGUGUGCAGCUCAGGGCUCCAGGCCAGCCCCUGCCCAGUGGGCCAUGCAGGGAAGCAAAAGGCAGACCUCCAUUCAGAGCCAGAAGGUGGCCAGUUGAGUCCAGACGCUCGGUCAGGCAGGGCCUGCAGCCACGGGUUGUGCUGGGACUGGACAUGGUGCAGAGGCUUGGAGUAUGGCCCUCUGUGGGACAUGGUUUCCAGCUCUGCCAAGAGGAUCCAGCAACGUCGCUCACUCCUAUGGGUAACGAGUGCCCAGGGUGUGGCCGGGACUGCUGUACCAGGGCGGGGUUCCUCUACUGCACGUGGGGAUGCAGUGGCUCAGGGCCUUCAUCUCCACAGUCAAUUGUAGGACAUUUUCCUUUCCCCAAGGACACUCUGAAUCCCUUAGCCACUAUCCCCAGCCUGUCACAGAUUCCCGACAUGUGUAAUAUGUAACCUUCUGUGACAGCUUCUCACGCAGCAGAAGGUUCAGGCCUGGAUCAGUCCUUGUCCCUUCUGAUCACCAAAUUGGCUGCCCAAGAGGACACUGGCCACAGAGUGGGCAAGGUGCGCUCCAGCCUCCUGGGGUGCCCGUGGGCCCCCACUGCAGGGGGCAGAGCUGGCCCUUCUCACCCUUCCUGGGGCCUCUCCUUGCCAGAUCAUGCCAUGGGGGCCGGGCCCAGGUACGUGGUGACCUUCGAUGGCCAGGUGUGGGAUUUGGGUGCCCACUGUGGCAGCCUGCUCCUGGCCAAAGAGUUUGCUCAUAACCUGUUAUCCCUGACGGUGAGCGGGGCAGGCUCAGGGCUCACAUCUCUGCGCGUGGAGCUGAAGCACACCACCCCCAUGCUCUACCCCAGCCUGGAGGUGAGCAUGUGAGAGGGGGAGGGGACAGCCACCUAGAGGGCCACAGGGCCAGUGCUUCCCUGUCUCCUGUCACGUCUCGGGCCCCAGACCUACAGGCUAUACGACACCUCCCUACCUAUGGGGAGCUGUCCGGACCUGGAUCUGCCUCCUGCCAAGAUGUGGAAACACGUCCCCGAGAUCGAUCUGACCAGUGCAGAGGACGUCUCUUGCUCCUGUGACAUCCAAGCUGGCCUCUGCAGCCUGACGUGGGGCCUCUGGCUCCACGGUGAGUCUGUGCCCUCGCUGGCAGCCCCGCACCUGCUGGCCUGGCCUCGCAUAGAUGGCAGUCAGCUCCCAGGGCCGUGGCCACGCUCCCCCAUGAGCUGCACUCCCAGUGCCCUGGUGGGGCUGGAGCCCAGGACUCCCUGGGGGCUUGCAACUCAAGCGGGCAUGGGAAGAACAGUCCAAAUGGUCUGAACUGGAGGAAGGUCAAAGGCCAUGCCUCCCUGCUUUGAUCACAUCGGGAACAGUCCCUCCUCCAGACCGGGAGGCAGCUCUGACUGCGGACGGACGAGCAGAGCUGUGCUCCCUGACCGCCGUCGGUGUACGGGUGACCAGACCGAGGUUAAUUUAUGAGUCCAUGCUGCCACAGCCG